UCCAGAUCUAUCGAGUGUCCGCGUGCAGCUUCAACGCUCAAUGCGACCUUAGCGAGCCCUUUACACGCCUCUUCGUUGAUUUUCUCGGUCCACUUCUAAAAAUCAAAAAAAUGAAACGCAAAUAUAACCUAUAAUUUAAGCGUAAACCCGCACCAAAGAAAGAUGGCGGUUGCCAUUCCCCGCUCUUCUCCGCUGUACCUCGCCUCGGCGAGCAUCUCAGCAGCGGUCGCGCUUGCCGUAAUCGCCUUCGUCGCUGUGAAGUACCAGAAAGUCGUUCUCUUCAUGCUCCACCCAGUCUUCAUGGUUCUCGGCGUGGCCUUAAUGUCAAUGGGCAUACUCGAACAAGGCAGUGGUGGGGGUAAAGUCCACGUUUGGCUUCAACAGGGAGCCGCAUUGUCAUUCUUCCUGGGAUGGCUCUUCAUGUAUCUGCAGCAUGAAAAGGCGGGCGUGAGUCACUUUGCGGCGAAGUCGCCAUGGUGGCACAAGGUCUAUUACAGAUAUUUGCCAUUGAUCAGGCGUGGAUCAGCGCGAGAAUGCAAUGAGAAACUAGAUAUUAGUACCUGGAUGUAAAUGUGAAUAGAUUUAUUUACAGUAACUGGAUAAAUAUCUAAAUCAAUGAUAGAUGUUAUAUCUGAUAGAUGUUAUUUAGCGAAGACAAUCCCAAUCGUAAAUACAGUCCCAAUCGUCGAGUCCACUACCACCUUUUCUGAGCACCAUCCUCAGGUCCACGUCUACCUUGGCUACACACUGGUGAUCCUGUGGAUAGUUCAGAUAGCUGGAGGAGUGAUGAAAUACGGCAAUUUACCAACUAAGAGCGUAAAAUGGCAUGGAAUUUUGGGCCAAAUCAUGUAUGCUUUGAAGCUUCCGAUGUUCCUGCUGGCGGCGGUGAUGAGUCUUUUUAUGGAGCAGGAAAAAUGGGAUUCCAAGUUGGUUCGCGAGUGUUCACCGCUACGUCGAUGUAAACACUUCCCGUAGGUGUAGUGCAAGCACUAGUUUAUUCUCAUAAUUUGAUAUAACAGUAGUUUCACCUGAUUCGGAAUUGGAAGAUGUGCACUUGAGAACAGUUGGGCUCAUCUGCCUUCUAAUGCUCGGUCUUCCUCCGGUCCCCAAUACCUAACCGAAGGUCUCUUUAUGACUGGCUUCGUCGGCAUGCACGGCUUAGUUUUGGGUACCUUUUGGAAGUACAAACUGGAGCAAUCUAAGGGAGACUCUGGCGGUGCAGGAGAAGACGAUGGAGCGGGCCUUGAUAAUCCUUACGGCACAAGCGAAGAUGGCGAGACAAGGCCGUUGGGGUCGGUCGUGGUUGGGAGGUAGUGCUCCUGAUAGUAGACAGUGCGUAGCGUAGCCAGUUUGAUGUUUUACUAGGUGGACCAGGUCGCUCGUUCACAUUCUUCACAACCAUACUAGCACGUUGAAGUGAUCCGGACCUGAGAUGCAAACUCCUGCACACCACUCUACGACCAGGUCCGGCGCCGGCGGCCGGUCGCCCGAUACUAGCAUAUGACGUUCGUUCUGGACACGUUGGUACGGACGCUGCGGGAACAUCAGAGAUUCUUUUUGACUGCAGCCUCUUUUACUCUUUUUGGAUGCAGCUACGACCAGUAUCCUGCUUUCCGCUCUUUAGGACAACGCGCUAUUUGUACUCUACUCAUUGGCCUUUGCGCAACCCUAAGCCCUAAGCUUCUCACGCUACCCAGAUUCGAAGAAGUCACUGGGAUUCUAUCUCCACGACCUGUAGAAUUGAUUUUUUGGCUGUCUUUCUGACAUGCUUCUUACAAGUAACGGACAGAAGAUCUUUUGUUCAACAUAAGUACGUAUAUUCACUGCUUAAAAAGAUUCUGUGUCUAAAGGUCGAAGACGACGCGAUGGCACAC